AUGAUCCCCGAGGUUCUCUUUGCGCUGGCCUGGGCAGGCACCGCGGCGGCUCACGCCGGGCACGAGCAAAAGUCACUCUCAGGGCCUCACCAGAGCUUGUGGUACAACACACUGCCUGGAGACGGCGGCACGCAGGUGAGUUUUGCAGCUGCCGACUCUGUAUUUUCUGGCAUCUCAACCUUUGGACGCCUGCCGUACCAGCCUUGUCUUCGCUCGCAGGAUGUCAAAUACGACAUUGUGCUCCGUUUGACACGGGCACUUCUUACCGCCCUGGCGCUAGGUUCGGACCUUCUGGCAUCCGCCAAGGAUCCCCGGAGGAUACAACGUGCCCCUGAAGACCAACCCGUUCAACAAUAUGACAACACCUUUGCCCUCCGUCAGAUUGAGGAGGGACACUUCAACAUCCUCACCCGCUCCCCCGUCACGGACGCGGACAAGAGGGGCCCCGCGAUCAAGGGCAAGACUCUUCCUCGCGUCAUCACCCUCGGCGGAGACCACACCAUCACCCUGCCGCUGCUCCGUUCCAUCAACCGCGCAUACGGCCCCGUGUCCGUGAUUCACUUUGACAGGCGACCCAAGGUCUUUGGCGGCUCCCCCUCCGAGGUAGCCAGCAUCAACCACGGCACCUACUUCUACCACGCCGCCAUGGAGGGCCUGCUCGCCAACGACACCAACAUCCACGCGGGCAUCCGCACGACGCUCAGCGGGCCCAGCGACUACGACAACGACGGCUACUGCGGCUUCGAGAUUGUCGAGGCGCGCGAGAUCGACAAGAUCGGCACCGACGGCAUCAUCAAGCGCAUCGUCGAGCGCGUCGGCACCACCCGGCCCGUCUACCUCUCCAUCGACAUCGACACCCUGGAUCCCGCGUUUGCGCCCGCUACGGGCACCCCGGAGACGGGCGGCUGGUCGACGCGCGAGCUGAGGACGAUUCUGCGCGGGCUGGAGGAGCUGAACCUCAUUGCGGCGGAUAUUGUCGAGGUUCCUGCGUAUGACACCAACGCCGAGCACACCACCAUGGCCGCCGCCGAUGUAUUGUACGAAGUCAUGAGCAUCAUGGUCAAGAAGGGUCCUCUUAGCAAGAUGAUCACUGAUCAGGAGAGCUCUGAGCUUUAA